AUGCGAGCAGAUAUUCCACGCACCCAAAGAGCCGCUGUCGUGCAAAAUCCCGGCAAAGACUACCGUAUAGUCCUCCGCGAUGACAUCCCCGUUCCCGAGCCGGGACCAGGCGAGAUAUUGAUCAAGCUGGAAUGCACCGGACUUUGUCACUCCGAAGUCCGCGCUGUCUUGGCCUGGGGCACAUACAACCCCAUAAUCGGACACGAAGGCGUGGGAAAAGUCGCUAAGGUCGGACCCGAUGUAACGAACACAUCGCUUGGUCAACGCGUAGGCCUUAAAUGGCUCUACAAUGCUUGUAAAACCUGCUCCGUCUGUCGACGUGGGUUUGCCCACCACUGUCCUAAACAGCUUAACACAAGUCGGCACGUUCCGGGGACUUUGCAACAAUAUGCCAUCGCCGAUGCACGCUUCAUCACUCCGAUCCCAGAUGGAUUGUCUUCCAACAUUGCUGCGCCGCUUCUCUGUGCCGGUCUCACGAUGUUAGGUGCAUUGGCCCAUCUAGACGAUGAACUCUCGUCUGGAAACUGGAUCGUGAUAUCUGGCGCAGGUGGAGGCCUCGGACAUGUCGGUGUACAAAUCGCAGCGAGGAUCAAGAAGUAUCGCGUUAUUGCAAUUGACAGUGGAGAACAGAAGAAAAUGAUCAGUCUCUCAUCCGGCGCUGAAGACUUCAUCGACUUCAAGACAGAAGAUGUCUCUGCACGAGUCUCGAAAAUCACCGGUGAAGGUGCCCAUGCAACUAUCGUUGUCCCUGGUACUAGGGAGGCAUUUGCGACUGCACCUUCCAUUGUUCGAAACAUGGGUUUCAUUGUUUGUGUCGGACUGCCGCCUAAUGAGAUGGAUAUUCCGCUUUCCAUGACAGUUUGCGCUGCGCGAGGCCUCACAAUAAAAGGAUCAUCUGUUGGAACGGAGAAACAAAUGGCUGAGCUGUUACAAUAUGCCGUGGAUGGAGUCAUUACCCCUUCGAUCGAGGUGUUCAAGUUGGGGGAAGCACCGGGUUUGAUCCAGGGCUUGAUCAAGGACGAUAUUAAUGGGCGGGCUGUUAUUGAAAUCCCUCACACUGAUGACUGUAAUUUAAAUGUCGACAUUGGUUUACAGUGUCCAUAG